GCUCGGGAGGAGCGAAGCCGCUCCUCUUUCCACCAAUCGGCGCCUGGGGGCGGGGCGCCGCGGAGCCGGGGGGGGCGCGUGACCCUAGAGGCCACGCGGGAGUCCCGUGCGCGCGCCCCGCCCCCGUGAGAGCAGCUGGGCGGCGGGGGGAGGCCGGCCACCUGCCCCUUCUCCCGGUUCCCGGCCGCCUCUGUGCUCCGGCUCUCCCCGCUGCUCCGGCUGCGGCCCUCGGGCCAGGCGGCUGCCGCAAGAGGGGACCCCCCCCCGCGGUGUCCUCUGGGCCUGCGGAAGAACCGUGUCCCGCCCUCCCACCCCCAGGCUGGGCAAUCCCGCCCGGCUGGACUCCUAGCCCUGAGCGCCAUGGCGGCCGCGGCCCUGUGGCGGGGCUACCAGCGGCUGCUGGCCCGGCACCCCUGGAAGGUGCAGCUCCUCACGGCGGGGACCCUGGUAGGCACCGGAGACGUGAUUGCUCAGCAGCUGGUGGAGAGGAAGGGUCUGGCAGGGCACGACCUCCAGAGGACCCUGAAGAUGGCGGCCACCGGCUUCUGCUUCGUGGGCCCGGUGAUUGGAGGCUGGUACUACGUGCUGGACCGUCUGGUGCCAGGCAGGAGCCGAGCAGCUGCCCUGCAGAAGAUGCUGCUGGAUCAGGGUGGGUUUGCUCCCUGCUUCCUUGGCUGCUUCCUGGCUGUGGUGGGAGCUCUUAAUGGCUUGUCCGUGGAGGAGAACUGGAGGAAGAUCAAACAGGACUACAGGGACGCCCUGACCACCAACUAUUACAUCUGGCCGGCCGUGCAAGUGGUCAACUUCUACUUCAUCCCCUUGAACCACAGGUUGGCUGUAGUGCAGUGUGUGGCUAUCGUCUGGAACUCCUACCUCUCCUGGAAAGCCAACCAGCUGUGACUGGCCAGCUGGCCACAUAGAGGCCCCUCCCAGGCACGUGUCUCUGCCCUUGCUUGGGCCCAGUGCUGCCUCUCUCAAGGCGUGUGGGGCCAGGCUGCUCACCCCACACCACCUGUGGCAGCCAGAGCCCGGGGCUCCGCUUGCAGAUGCCCUCUUCCCCAGGCGCGGGGGGGGGGGCAGGCACACCUGCCAGGGAGAGAGCGGGGGGGGCCCUUGGGAGAGACGUCUGCAGGGCGCGCUCUGUGCUGGGGCAGGCCUGGGCCUCGCCCGGCCAGCCUCUCCGAGGUGCUUCCGUUGGGCAGAGGCCUUCACAGAGCUCUGCGCGCUGCCUGCUUGGCAGAGGGGCCUGAGACGAGGCAGCCUCUCUGGGAGCGCAUCAGGUGCUGGAAGAAACCACCCCCAGGUGGGGGGGGGCUGGCAGCCCCUGGCUGGCCAAAGGUGGAGAACUCCGCCCGUGAAUGGCUGCUGCCUUGUUCAGAGCACCCUGACCCCUGGACUUCCAGGCUGGAGUGCAGGGGGGCGCCCAUCCCCCUGGGGGGCCCCAAGUCCUCUCUGGUCUGUCCUGGGGGGUAUGGCCACCGCCCCAUGUCACCAGCCUGUGCCCCACUGGGUGUGAUUGUGACCUAGGCCUGCCUGUUGGAAUGUUUCUGCUAAUGCAUAUUUACACAAAUAAACCGGUCUUCUCGUC